ACAGCAGCUGAAUGAAGUUCAGCGGUUCUGAGGAAUUUUACGCCCCGGCGGAUUCACGUUAAACUCUUUCUUCGCUUCGGUAAUACAUGGAGCCUGUGCCAAGCGACUGGAUAAUCAUGACUCGGUGUUUUGGCUGUAUGUCGUCUUGAGUUUGUAUUGUGUUACGUGGAGUAACAGGUUUAUUUAGGCGCUCUUGUUUAAACAUUUCAGCAUGAUAAAAACCUACUAUUGACUACGUUUAUACAUUUACACGUCACCAAAUUAUCGCAGGAUACCUGUGGAUUUUUGGAGUACAUGCAGCCUUCGUGAUUGGCUUGGCAGUGCGUUUCAUUAGAUGGGGUCUCGUGAGUUUGAUGUACAGCACAGUCAAUGGGAUGUCAGUCAGACUAGAAAACAUUUAGGGCACAUACAGACACUGUAAACGCAGCUCAUUGGCUAGACCUGCUUUGGAAAUGUCGGCGAUAUCUGCGUCCGAGAAAGUAGAUGGAUUCACGAGGAAAUCGGUGAGGAAGGCUCAGAGACAGAGGAUUUCUCAGGGCUCGUCUCAGUUUGCGGCCAACAGCAGCAGGCCUGCGGUUCCGGAGAUCUCUGCGCUCCCGCAGCUCAAAGAUGCAUCCUCCACAGAGCAGCAUGAGCUGUUCAUGCAGAAAUUACAGCAGUGCUGCGUAAUAUUCGACUUCUACGACACGGUGACUGACCUAAAGAGUAAAGAGACCAAACGGGCCACUCUCAGCGAACUCGUGGAAUAUGUGUCCACUAACAGAGGCGUUCUGGUGGAGCCUGUCUACCCUGAGAUCACCACCAUGGUUAGCACAAAUAUUUUCAGAACGCUUCCACCUAGUGAUAACCCAGACUUUGACCCAGAAGAAGAUGAACCCACUCUAGAAGCCGCCUGGCCUCACAUGCAGUUGGUGUACGAGUUUUUCCUUCGAUUCCUAGAAAAUCCAGACUUCCAACCAAGUACUGCCAAACGUUACAUUGACCAGAAGUUUGUGCUACAGCUCUUAGAACUGUUUGACAGUGAAGAUCCUCGUGAGAGAGAGUUUCUAAAAACAAUUCUUCAUCGCAUCUACGGGAAGUUUCUGGGUUUGCGUGCCUUUAUUAGGAAACAGAUCAACAACAUUUUUCUGAGAUUCCUCUAUGAAACUGAGCACUUUAAUGGAGUUGCUGAAUUCCUUGAGAUUCUGGGCAGUAUCAUCAAUGGCUUCGCUCUGCCGCUGAAAGCUGAACACAAGCAGUUCCUCAUGAAGAUCCUCAUUCCCCUGCACACUGCCAAAGGACUAGCACUGUUCCAUGCACAGCUGGCCUACUGUGUGGUUCAGUUCUUAGAAAAGGACCCGACCCUCACUGAAGUGGUGGUUCGUGGCCUUCUGAAAUUUUGGCCUAAGACAUGUAGUCAGAAAGAGGUCAUGUUUCUAGGAGAAAUCGAAGAGAUCCUGGAUGUUAUUGAACCCACUCAGUUCAAGAAGAUUCAGGAGCCUUUAUUUAAGCAAAUCUCUAAAUGUGUAGCCAGCCCUCAUUUUCAGGUAGCAGAACGAGCACUGUACUACUGGAACAAUGAAUACAUUUUGAGUCUAAUCGAGGAGAAUAAUGCCAAAAUCCUUCCCAUCAUGUUUGGAAACUUGUACCGGAUCUCCAAAGAACACUGGAACCCGACGAUCGUGGCCCUGGUGUACAAUGUAUUAAAAACACUGAUGGAGAUGAACAGCAAACUGUUUGAUGAACUGACAGCCUCAUACAAAUCUGACAGACAGCGAGAGAAGAAGAAAGAGCAGGAACGUGAGGAACUGUGGAGGAAGCUGGAUGAACUAAGACUGCAAGAGUCAUCAGCCAUCCAGAAUAACAGGCAUGAGAUGCAGUUCACCUACAGCAACAAUAACAACAACAACAACCUUCACAAUAAGGAUGAAAACACAGCAGCAACCAUUACUGACAGAAGCGAGAACGACACCUGGGCCAAAUGACACUGCCCUCUUUCUUUACUCAGUAUUUUGCUGGUUACAAAUGUAAACCAGUCUAGAGAGCAGUAAAGGAUAUGGACCUUGAGCAAUAAUCUUUACAUUUUUAAACAAGAACUUUUCUUUUUCCGAAAGCCUAUGUAAAACUAAAUCAAAAUGCUAUUUUCUCCUGGUAAAGGAUAAUAUAUUUUAUGUAUGUAAGUCUAUUUUGGAUGUAAAGUGUGGUUAUAGUAAAUUAUACAUUUUUGUCUAAUCAAAGAUGUAAGGUUUUCACCUACACUGCAAAAAAAAUCUCUUAAAGGUACACUAUAUAACUUUUAGCCCACUAGCGGUUCAAAAAGCUGCAUGCAUUUUGCGGAAGAACAUUGUUUUGGUUGUGCUUUGGCUCUGCGUAACUGUUCGGAUGAAUAUGGUUAUCCUAAUGCUCAUAAAACAAUUCACUAUAGGCUUAAGAGAUGUAACCAGGUUAGAUGAAAAGGAUCUCAAGCUGACUAGCUGAAGACGUUGCUGUAGCUUUACCCAUUAAUAGACAUGGUACUUCCUUAGAAAAUUAAAGCACUAAAACAAACAUAAUGAAAUGACCCUUCAAAAUUGAUAAUGUUUUACAAUGAACUCUGUUAGAGCUACAUGUGGCAAUUUAUCUGUUCAAUAAAUUAUCUUUCUGACCUUUCUGAGUAAUAAAAAUGCCAUCUCUGCGUCGCUUUUACAACAUUUCAAAUCCCUCAGUUCUCUCCAUCUCCGAAAGCCAAGCCAAUGUUGAUUCUUGUUUUAUUACGAGCUCUGUCGCAUUCUUGUUUUGCCGGCAAAGCAAGAACGUGACAGAACUCGUCAUAAAAGCUCAACUAGGGUCAGCACAGCUCUCUUUUAAAACGGGUGAUUAACCGGAGGUUCAAGAUUUAGCUUUUCCAUGUUAACCUUUCUUGCUCGUUGUGACAACUAACACACUAUACAUCCAUUAAAGUAGCCAGAGCAACUUUUCUCUUUUUACGGAUAUGACGAGACACACAGGUCAGUGACUCAUGUUCGCAGUUUCCCGCAAAAACCAUCCCACCCGGUCUAAAAUAUAAACACUUAUAAUAGACUUACCAUAGUAAAUCAGGGUAAGACAAAAACACGUUUUGGUGAACAAAAAAAGUUACAUAGUGUACCUUUAAGGUGUGGUCACAUGUAUGCGACAAAUUUUGUGUGAGGACAAAAGAUUUCCCCAUGGAUUUUUCGCUAAUGUGACUGCACUUUAAAUCAGAAAUAAUAGUAAUAAUACUGACAAAAGAAAAUAUUUUUUUAGCAGUGAAGGCUAUAUUUAGAGACAUGAGUGAGCUUUAAAAAUUAAAUGUCUUUAGUUUUUUAAUGGUCUCAAAUGCAAAAACAAAACAAAACAAAAAAACAAACAAAAAAACACAAAUACUACCAUAAAUUGUGAGUUGUUACUAUAAAUGUGACCUGAGAUAAUUAUUAAUGUUUGAUGCCUAUAGUUCACAUGAUACACACUCCCUGGAAGUGUCAAAAAUUAGCCUUAGAAAUGCAAAAAGUGAAACUCCUGCUAUUUAAGGAAGCACAAAUGUAGUGAACCUGGUCAGAAAACCCUGUCCAAGUGUGAGAACAUCUUUUUUUUUUUUUUUUUUUUUUUU